AUGUCGGUUGUAGCGCCCCGAGCCGUCUGGCGGGUCGCCUGUUUUUUCUUCCUGCUGGCCCAUGUCGCCCUUGCCACCCUUACGAAUAGGACUAUUGACGACGAAAAUGGAGACUCCGUGACAGGACUUCAGCCCGUCUACGCGCCCCCAUCGGGUGUAUGGAAUUAUGGACCUACUUGUCCGGGCUGUUUCGUACAGCCAGACGUGGACGACUGCUUUGACCAUUCAUGGCACGAUGUUACUGCGAAUCCGUCGGAUCCGGAGCCCAGGAAUGUUACUCUCACUUUCAAUGGUACUGCGAUAUGGGUAUUUGGCGUCAUACCGAACUACGUCCCGUACGCGACAACAUAUGUGAAUAUUAGUUUCGAGUUGGACGGGCACACUGUCGGGUCGUUUUCUCACAUUCCAAGUGAAUCCGACGCCUAUCAAUACAACGUCACCCUAUACAGCAAUACAUCGCUGAAGGACGCGCAACAUACACUCACCAUGACUCCUCGUCGAGACGUCAAUGCCUCUUAUAUGGCUUUUGAUUGGGCCAUGUAUACGUAUGAUUCUGAUAUCACCGUCGGCACCCCGAGCACCACAUCACGGAGUGCCACAAGCCCCGCCUCGUCCUCCGCGACAACCCGUGGAACGUCGAGUCCCACCCCCACUUCACAUGUGGCUGUCGGUGCAAUUGUAGGCGGUGUGGUCGGCGGUGUUGCCGCGCUGGUCAUCGCGCUCUUGGCAAUCUUCUGCUGGCGACGGCGCGGCCGUGGCAGGGCAGACAGGAUCAGAAGCAUGGGCCCGUUCGCAGCACACGAUGACGCGAUCGAGCCGAAGUCUGAGGCGCAUUCGAGUGACCUGAGCACUUCACGCCCAACGCUCCCCACGCAAUACACGCUACGCUCGGCCGCCACACCCUCUGGGCGUCCGCUUUCCACCGCGGCCGCGCUAUCGGAUGCGGCCUCGUCUUUCGCCGCGACGAACAUGUCCAGUAUCCCUGCCACCUCGAGCUCGGGGCAGCUUUCCUCGGCCGCGCUCGCGGCGGGCGCGAGUUCCGCGCGAUCCCCUCGCGAGGUGCGUGGGCAGAGCAAGGCGGCGAUGCGGCGCGAGGAGCUCACGCGCCAGAUGCGCGACAUUGAGGCGCAUGUCGCGGACUUGCAACGGCGACAGUCACAUCAGUCUGCGCCGUCCAACGCGUCUCUGUACAGCCAGAGCGGGACAGGGAUCGGGAGCCCACCUCCCGUACCUGUGGUCGAGCAAUACGACGACUCGAACCUGCGGCGGCAGAUCGAGACGCUGCAGACGGAGGUGGAGCGGUUGCGGCUGGAGGCCGUCACUCACGAAGAGCCGCCGCCUGCGUACGAACAGCCCGACGAGGAGGAGGGGCUACUGGCGGAGCAUGAGGAGGCGGGCACAUCCAGGGCGGUUCGCACCGUUGAGCGGUCUCCAUUCAUUUGUUACGACUCCGGCAUCAUGAACACGAUCUUCACGGCCUACCGUUACUUUGUCUUCGUCCUGUUUAUCGUUUGCAAUAUCGUUCUUUGCAGUGUCUCGGCAUGGAAUCUUUCGAUUGCUCUGGCGGUUCAGUUCACGACCUCGAUUGAGGUCGACGCUGUGGCAAUCGCUAUGGGCGCGGUGGGGCUCGUGUUCAUUUUCCCCAUACUGUUCAUCGACGUCCUGCGCAAGCAGUCGGUGACCCGUCAUGUAUGGUUCGAAUGUCUGUGGGUUGGAGUGUUCGCUCUACUGGAGUUCGGUAUGUCAUGCUCGGCUUGA